GAACCCAUGAAGUGCGUUCACAUCAGAUCUAUGACUAUUUUAUUUGUUGCAGGUGAAUUUUGUAUCAUCAUGGAUGAGGAAUACGAUGCUAUUGUCCUUGGGACAGGAUUGAAGGAAUGUAUUCUGUCUGGAAUGCUGUCUGUGUCAGGCAAGAAAAUAUUGCAUAUUGACCGGAACAAUUAUUAUGGUGGGGAAUCAGCUUCGAUAACACCUUUAGAACAACUUUAUGAAAAAUUUCUCGGACCGAAUGCAAAGCCUUCGACGGAUAUGGGUAGAGGUCGAGAUUGGAAUGUCGAUUUAAUUCCAAAAUUCCUCAUGGCAAAUGGCUCACUUGUCAAGCUUUUGAUUCAUACCGGCGUAACUCGCUACCUUGAAUUCAAAUCUAUUGAAGGCUCAUAUGUGUACAAAGGUGGCAAAAUCUUUAAAGUUCCUGCUGAUGAAAUGGAAGCUCUAGCUACAAAUUUAAUGGGAAUGUUCGAGAAAAGACGUUUUAAAAAAUUCCUCGUUUGGGUGCAAAACUUUGACAUCAAUAAUAAAGCUACAUAUGACGGUCUUGAUCCUACUGUGCAUACAAUGCAGCAGGUCUAUGAUAAAUUUGGUUUGGAUGAAAAUACUGCUGAUUUCACUGGUCAUGCUUUGGCUUUGUAUCGAGAUGACAAUUACAAAAAUGAAUUAUUCGUGCCAACUGCUGAAAGAAUUCGUCUGUAUUCGGAUUCAUUGGCUCGAUACGGAAAAUCGCCAUAUCUGUAUCCUCUUUAUGGACUGGGUGAACUGCCUCAAGGAUUUGCUAGAUUGAGUGCAAUUUAUGGAGGGACGUACAUGCUUGAUAAACCCGUAGACUGUCUUGUUUAUGAAAAUGGGAAAGUUGUUGGUGUUAAAAGUGGGAAUGAUGUAGCGAAGUGUAAACAGGUUUACUGCGACCCAUCUUACGUCCCAGAUAAAGUGAGGAAAACUGGACAGGUGAUUCGAGCAAUUUGUCUUUUGAAUCAUCCAGUACCGAACACAAACGAUGCACAGAGUUGUCAGAUAAUCAUUCCACAAAAGCAAGUUGGACGUCAUUAUGAUAUUUAUAUUUCUCUGGUAUCCAACGCAAACAUGGUAACCCCGAAAGGGUGGUAUAUUGCAAUGGUUUCAACUACUGUGGAAACCAAUAAUCCAGAAGCAGAAAUCUUACCAGGAUUGCAGUUGUUGGGACCAAUUACUGAAAAAUUCGUUAAUAUUUCGGACGUUUACGAACCAGUCGAUAUGGGUAAUGAGUCGCAAGUUUUCAUCUCGCGUUCUUUUGAUCCAACUACACAUUUUGAAACGACUUGUAAAGACGUAUUAGACAUAUUUCACCGUGGUACUACUGCUGAAUUUGAUUUCACCAAAAUCACACAUCUCUCACUUGAAGAUCAAGAUUGA